AUAACAUAUUUACCAAUAACUUUAACGAUAUUCCAGAUAUGUACGAACAUAUUAUACACGACCCCUUUCACUAUAUAUAUAUAUAUAUAUAUAUAAGUUGCACUUCUUCGUUCCAUACAAAACACAGAGGAGGAGGAGAAGAAGAAGAAGAGAGAGGAAGAUGGCAAGCAGAAUGGAGGUGAGGUGCACAUGCGGCCAACGGAUGUGGACGCCGCCCGGCAUUCAAUCCCUUCAAUGCUCCGCCUGCAACACCUUCAUCCGCCUCUCCCUCUUUCCUGUCCCAGGUACCCGGUCCCGACCAUUUCUCCCACCGAGCAAACUCGUCUCGGGUUCAAACCAUGUGGGUUAUUAUUCACGUAGAUUGUCUGAAAAAGGAUCAUCAGCCGUGGAGGCAGGGGGGCGGCUUCCCUCGGCUUUCGGGAGAAAAAGAGCGGUGCUCUGUGGCUUGAACUACCGCGGCACCAGCUAUGCCUUGAAGGGUUGUAUCACUGAUGCUAAAUCCAUGAGGUCCUUCUUGAUUCACCAUAUGGGUUUCCCUCCUGAUUCCAUCCUCAUGCUCACAGAAGAAGAGCCGAGCUCGCAAAGAUUCCCGACGAAGAAGAACAUGAGAAAGGCCAUGCGGUGGCUCGUGGAGGGUAACCGAGCCGGUGACUCGCUGGUUUUCCACUUCUCCGGCCACGGUUCACGUCAGAAGGACUACAACGGGGAUGAGAUCGACGGUCAGGACGAAGCCCUAUGCCCUCUCGACCAGGAAACCGAGGGCAAGAUCAUCGACGACGAGAUCAAUCAGACACUCGUGAGGCCACUCGUCCCUGGAGCCAAACUCCACGCCAUCAUCGAUGCCUGUUACAGCGGAACUGUGCUUGACUUGCCCUUCGUUUGCCGCAUGGCCAGGAAUGGGUAUUACAAAUGGGAAGACCAAAGAUCAAUGGGGGCUUACAAGGGAAGCAAUGGCGGAGUUGCAUAUUGCUUCAGUGCUUGUGAUGAUCACGAAACCAGUGGCUACACUCCGGUGUUCACGGGAAAAAACACGGGAGCGAUGACUUACAGCUUCAUAAAGGCGGUGAAGGCCGAUCCAUCGCCUACUUACGGUGGACUGCUCAGCCUCAUGUGCUCUGCCAUACGAGAUGCCCAAAACAGCCUCUCCAACGACGGAGCCUUUGCCCAUUCCGACGAGCCCGCGGAGCCACUGCUUUCAUCCUCGGAGAAGUUCGACAUAUACAAGAAAAAAUUUGUGCUUUGAACGCUCUAUUAUAAUCAUGUUUUAAUGCAAAUAAAAUGUUGAACCUUCUACAUAAAGGCACAUUCUAUAACA